CGGCGCGCAGCGGGGAUGGCGCAGGGCGGGACGGCCGUGCGAGCCGACAGGCUCGGCGGCGGCAGACUCGGGUGAGCGGCGGCUCGGCGGCCGCCCUAGGCCGGGGCGAGGCUCCACACUGACCGCGAGAUCUCGGUGGGCUGCUCCGGCAGCAGAAGGGGAGCAGGCGAGGGGCGAGUUGUGCCCCGUGGGUGCGCCGUGCGCCGAGGGAGGCCGCCCGGCUGAGGGAGCGAGGCCGGUAAGUGCAGUCCGGCCGAAGGGCGAGUGUCGGGUUCGGGCGUGUAUCAGGCUCGGCAAGUCGCCGGCCCGCGGCCGGCCCCACCAUGACCCGAUGGGCUCGCCGGAGCGGCGGCGGCGCCUGCGAAAGGGCGCUGGAUGCGACUCCCUGGGAAGAGAUGGCGAGCGGCCCGGAGGGGCGGGGGGACCGUGCUGGCCCGCUCUCCCUGAAGCAGGAGCAAAAGAAAAAGAGGAAGAAUAAGAAGAAGAAAGAUUAUUUGAACGAAGACGUUAACGGGUUUGCGGCAUACCUGGAGCAGAGCUGUCAGGGGCGUGCCGAGGUGGCCGGGGCAGACGCCCUCGAGUUGGAGAAGGAGGUGGCAGUAGCCAUGAGGAAGGACAAGCGGCGGGAGGAUCGGAGGCAGAAGAGGCAAGAAAGGAAGAAAAACGCCAUGGUAUGUUUCCACUGUAGAGAAUCUGGCCAUGGUGUUGCUGAUUGUCCUGCAGUACUUGAAAGCCAAGACAUGGGUACAGGAAUCUGUUACCGAUGUGGGUCAACAGAACAUGACAUCAGCAAAUGCAAAGCAAAAAUAGAUCCAGCAGUUGGGGCAUUUCCAUAUGCAAAAUGUUUCAUCUGUGGUGAGAUGGGGCAUCUGUCAAGGUCAUGCCCAGAUAAUCCCAAAGGAUUGUAUGCUGAAGGUGGUGGCUGCAGGCUUUGUGGCUCAGUGGAGCACUUCAGAAAAGACUGUCCUGAAAAACAGAAUGCAGAUCAGGUUACAGUUGGGCGAUGGGCUGUUGGAAUGAGUGCAGAUUAUGAAGAAAUUACAGAAACGGCAAAGCUGCAAAAACCAAAAGCAAAAGUCCCCAAAGUUGUUACUUUUUGAGGGCCUCUUGGCUCUAGAACACAGACUGCACUGUCUUACUCCAGAGGAUGGACCGCACAGAGUAGAUUGCUGGUUCCAGAAAAACAAGCAGACUGCUUGUUUGUUUACUACUUUUGUUGUUCUUCUUGUUUGCCUCCCAAACUGAUCUAGCUUACUGAGAAGCUGGGAACAGCAGAAGCACAAGUGGGUAUUUUAUUUUUAUGUAUCUUUGCUGAGAUACAGCGUUCCCUCUGAUUCACAUCCCUUCUCACUGCCAGCUCUUUGAAGGGGGAAAUUGGCUUCUUCUAGUUUUGGGGCUCUGGUUGCAGUAAUCAAAUGGGGCAGGGGGUAGGGUAUGCUAUGAUGGGGGUUUAUGGCCACUGGGUUGUGGUGGUCAGUGGAGUGCUGCUUUUUCCUACUAGUGAUGAACACAAUUGUGCUGAUCUUACUCAAGGGUUUUUCUCUUUUUCAUUUGUCAUUGGGUGUUUUGUAUAAAGUGUCUUGUUGGGUUCUGGUUUGCUUUUGCCUUCUCCUUUUAUAAAGAAUUGUUCUGGUGCUCUCUCUGUGCUAGUUUGAGCAGCUUUAUGGUGGAGCUAUCAGGUAAAACUGGAGAGCUGGGAGCGCAGUUCCCACUGUGCAUGGCAGGUCAAGGAAAACACAUUUGUGCAUUAACCUGAUUGCUGAUGCAUGUUGGGUUGUUGGGGUGUUUCUUCACUAAUGGAAUCACGUCCUUCCUCGGAUACCCAUGGUGAAAUACCACUGAAAAGAGAUGGAGAGGAAGAGAGCAGCUUGCUUAGUGCCUUUACUUUGUUCAAAAGGCCUCAAAAAUCUUCAGCAUUUAUUAUGGGAUGUGUCUGGCACUGUCCUCACACGUGGUACUGUGCUCCUGGAGCCUUUUGCAGCCACUGUGGGCAGCAUGGGCUGGCAGCAUGCAGGGUUCAGAAACCUCUGCUGUGUGGGCAUGGGGCUGCCAGACCUGUGCUUGCAGAGAGGGUUGCCAUGGAACAAAUUCAAUACCUUAGUGGCCAAGGAAUCCCAAACGUGCCUUUUAAAUACUUCAGCUUCCAUUAUCUAGUAAUAAGCAACAGUCCAUGAGGAGAAGACCUACACAGUGGUAAUGCUGUUGCCUCCAAAGAGUUAAUUCAUCUUUUCAAUUAAAGUGUCCUAACCAUUGCCUCAGUGAGAAGACAGAAGAAACUCCAGAGAGCAAAGUUGAGCUCAGGACUGGGUUUUGAGGUGUUUAAGACCAGCCACAAAAGCCGUAGGUUUGAAAAGUACUUUCUUAGAGCAAGAAAACCCUAAGUAGGGGCACCUGUGUGAAUGUAUUUUAUAUUUGUACAUGUUAACUAUUUUUAAUAAAAUGCUGUAAAGAAUACAA